CUAACGAUGAUGAAAAAGAGAAUAUUGACAAUACUGAGAUUCUUGAUGAAAAACCACGUCGUAUUAUAUUAGGGCUUAUUGCCCAGAUACGCAAAGGAACUGAAUUGCAUAGAAUUGCGUUACCUGCAUUCGUUCUAGAACCUAGAAGCAUGUUAGAAAGAAUUACUGAUUUCAUGAGCCAUUCCGAUCUAAUUUUAAGGUUGUCGCUCUAUGUUUAUUUAUUAAUUGAUUUUGUUGAAGAACUUUUAUUAUUUAGUGGUGUUAAAAAAUCAUAUAACCCUGUAUUGGGUGAAUUCUUUCGUACACGAUGGAAAUAUUCCGAUAAUACUGAGGCAUUAUAUAUAUCUGAACAAGUAUCACAUCAUCCACCCAUUUCUGCAUACUAUUAUGCAAGUCCAGAGAAUAAUGUGUUAAUUUUUGGUACUUUACGUCCAAAAUCUAAAUUCCUGGGAAAUAGUGCAGCAACUUUGAUGCACGGUGAAACAAAGCUUCUUUUCACCAACCUUCCCGGUGAAGUAUACCGAAUUACGAUGCCAAAUUUUUAUGCACGUGGUAUACUAUUCGGUAAAAUGGUAAUGGAAUUAGGUGAUAAGACAACUAUCCGUUGUGAGAAAAACGAUUUACUUUGUGAAAUGCAAUUUCAGACAAAGGGAUAUUUUACUGGAACUUACAACUCGAUUUAUGGGAGGAUAAUGCGUGAAUCAACGAGGGAAUGCCUUUUUGAAAUUACAGGGAAAUGGUCCAAUAUUAUUUACAUUACUAAUUUGAAGAGUGGGAAAAGUGAAGUGAUGUUUAAUGCUCUUGAAUCUGCGAUAUGUCCAAAAAUUGUUGCACCGGAAGACAUGCAAGGCGAAAAAGAAUUAUGGUCAAAAGUCACAAGUGCACUAUUAGCAAAGAAUUUUGAUCUUGCUACACAAGAAAAGUUUCUAAUUGAAGAGAAACAACGUAAAGACACUAAACUUUUGGAAAAAGAUUGGCAGCCAAAAUAUUUUUCAC